AUGGCUGCUGUCAAAAAACAAAUAAGAAACUCUCGCUACUAUGUCGGAGAAGUAACAAAUCUUACCCGGAACGGGUUUGGCGUGUAUGUGUAUCCAAACAGCUUUUUUCGCUAUGAGGGAGAGUGGAGUAAGGGCGAAAAACAUGGGCAUGGAAAACUCUUGAUGAAAGAUGGAAGUUACUACGAGGGAGAGUUUGCUCAUGGGGAAAUAGAGGGGAAUGGGUCAAGGUUCUGGGCAAAAACAGGUGUAUCCUAUUCUGGCCAGUUCAGUGGAGGGGAGCUUCAUGGAUGUGGUGUGAUGCAGAAAGGCAAUGGAGAGAGAUACAAGGGAGAGUUCUCCUACGGACUCCGAGAUGGCAAUGGGUUUCUGUUGGAUAAGGAUGGACAAACAUACGAGGGAUCAUUUCAUCAAAACAAGCGGCAUGGUGAAGGACAAAUGCAUUACAGGAAUGGGGAUCAAUAUGAAGGAGGUUGGCUUCUGGACCAACAACAAGGCCACGGAGUGAUGCACUUUGGGGAUGGAUCAGUGUACGAGGGCCAAUGGCGUAAUAACCUCUUCAACGGCCAGGGGACCAUGAUCCACUGUUCUGGGAUUAUCUAUGAGGGGGUGUGGACCAACGGCAGACCGCUAGAACCAUCGUCAACGCCACGGGAGCACCAUCACCUCUACUGCCUGAGUCGGCUAGGCUACUCCCCUGAGAAACACUACACCGGGGCCCCUGGCCUGAGCGUUCACCAUCUCCACGGUACUGUUGGGACUUCCACUAUAUCCCAAGGUAGCCUAGCUACUCACCAGAUUGACGGCACUCCAGGCCCUCCCGGUUGGAGCAUACUCCAUAUCUACCAGAACAUCGGGAGCCGCUGCCACCCCGGGCAUGAGCCACCAGAGAGCCGGGUCCGCUUCUGCUCUCCAGAGCGGCCCAGCUCCCCAUCAGAUGACAACACAGUCCACCACAUCAAGAUCUGCACCCCACUCAGCUAG